CUUCAGCAUUACAGCCAGCCACACCUUUGUGCAGUGACGUCUUCCUCCAACUUGUCACUGAUAAGUCUUAUGCUUCUUAGGGUUUUAUUAACAGCUGGAUCUUGCCCGCACUGCCACAGACCAGUAGUAUCAAUCACUUUACUUGGAGCCGAUCCAUCAUCACGAUGAGCUACGUGUGCCAACAAUGUAAAGAGCCACUCCAGCUUGAUGCAUCAUUGGUAGAUCUCGCACCCUCUGCUUAUGACAUGAUUGUAGCCUCUUUGCCUUCUGUGCCAGCCUCGCGUGCGCGCUAUGCAACAGACUCAGAGGCCGAGAAAAUAGCUCAACUUCCAUCCCCAUCUGCAAGCAAAGCAGCAUGGCAGCAGGCCACACCCUCAGACAACUCGAGGGCAUCACCACCCCUUUCUACUCGAGCUCAAGGGAAACAACCCCAGCGCAACUUUCCAGCACCGAAUGAGUCAUUUGUGCUCCUGCAGGAGAGCAUGAUACGCAGUAUACCUUCUCCAAUCCCAGGAGCUGCAAUGCCUAAGAAGGCUACUCUCGGCAACCAAAAGAACUUUCCAGCCAAAAACACUCAUCCACUACCUGCACACCAGCAACCUGAGCCAGACCAUUCGAAUCCAACACCUAUCUCACAUCACCUGCGCUCCACUAUGAGGCUGUUUAAUGUACUUUCUACCCGGUCUGACAUUGAUCACCCUUUGUGCGCGGAAUGCACACAAAUUCUUCUUUCAUCACUUCAAAGGCAGCUUGACGAGACAAAGAAAGAGCGUGAUGGUUAUAUCGCAUUCGAGAAGGAGGUUCGGAAGGAAAGAGAACGGGAGAGCUUGGAUCUCAGUAGACAAGAUGCAGAGAAAAAGAUCGAAAGACUAAAAUCCGAAGAACGGGCUGCCGUUGAACAAUUGCGCCUUGCUGACAGGGAGAGGGAGCAACUUGAUGAGGAGCUCAAGUUGUUAGAGACGGAAGAAAAAGCGCUGGAAGAAGAGGAGGCUGAAUUUUGGCGAUCACACAAUGAGCACCUCCUAGUCUUGGCAGAACAAGCCUCACGUUUAGCUUCACUGCGUGCAGCAUAUGCUGCAGAUUACGCUACGCUCGAGAAGCUCGAGCGCACAAACGUUUACAAUGAUGCGUUUUGCAUUGGUCAUGAUGGCGUCUUUGGAACAAUCAAUGGCCUCAGGCUUGGGAGGGUUCCCGGAGUCCCAGUUGAAUGGCCCGAAAUUAAUGCAGCAUGGGGUCAGACCCUUCUCUUGCUAUAUACGAUUGCACGGAAGCUUGAUUACACAUUCGAGAACUACCGUUUGAUCCCAAUGGGUUCAUUCUCGCGCAUCGAAAGAACUGUAGGCGAUAAAGCGACAUACGAACUGUACGGGUCGGGUGAUCUCCAUCUCGGUCGCCUGUUACAUAACCGUCGGUUUGAUUUUGCUAUGGUAGCGUUCCUAGAAUGCUUGAAGCAACUCAUAGAUUCCGUCAAGUCUCAGGACCCUACCAUUGAAUUCCCCCAUCAAAUUGUCAAAGAUAAGAUAGGGGAAGCGUCUGUAAAACUUCAGUUCAGUCAGGAAGAGGCUUGGACUCGAGCGUUGAGACACGUUCUGCUUGCGCUGAAGAUUGUUUUGAAGUGGACGACCAAUGGCGGUAACGGCUAAUGAGAGUCCAUUUCCCUGUAACUGUAUAACGUGGCCGCUUGCAGUGUGAUCAUCCUCUCGGAGCGCUGCGGAUGGGUUUUUUGACCAGAAUAACAUGCUUCACACGACAAUGUACACGUGAGGUAUGGGCGUCUAUUUGUCCGCUUCUAUACCUUUCCUAAACGGACGAUCGGAGAACGAAACGAUUAAGUCCCUGUGGCAUGAUAUGACUUGCCAGGUCGACAUUCUGACUCAGUAGAUGCAUUUGAAGUUUUGAAGUCUUGCGUGAUCCACAACGAUUACACGACGUAUGAUAAUUAAUCAUCCC